CCGGCCACCUUUCAGUCCCUCGAAAUCAGCGAUGCUCUCAUGAAAGAAAUCAAAAAGGCCGGCUUCGGAACUGGAGGAAAGAAUCACAGCGUCUCAUGGGGUUUGUCAGAACCUCAGGCCGCGGCAGUGUACACCGCCAAGGACGGGGACAUCACCCUUCGGACUGGGGACGUCAUCUUGACCUGUGAUGCAGGCGGUGGUACCACUGAUUUUGCCUUGCUUGAGCAGUGCGGCACUGCCGAGAUUGCCGAGCUUAGAGAGCGCGCCAUUGUGCAGGGUAUCAACAUUGGCUCAACGAACAUCGAUUUAGCGUUCGCAAAGAUGGUUCAUGGCCGGUUGGCGCUGGCAAGGGCAGACACCAAUGCUGGCCGCUCUCACCUUGUCUUUCACAGGAAUGCUGAGGACACAAUGAUGCAUAGCGAAGAGUUUCAGACAUGGAAACAUGAAUUUGGCAACUUUUCAGAAGCUCAAUUUCGAACGCCGAGAAUAACAGUGCCCAUCAGAUCAGGGGGGACCUCGAGCACCUCGGCGAGGAUAACAGAUGGCAAGAUGAACUUCUCUUAUUCCGACUUCCAAGGUCUAUUUGAUCCUGAAGUGGAGGGCAUCAUCAACGCCAUACGUCAGAUGUUGGAGCAUGGUGUCAAGGCUGAUGUCCCACGCCCUAAAUACUUCAUCUUAUCCGGCGGACUGGGAAGCUCAGCAUAUGUUCAGCAAAAGAUUAGGGAGGCAUUCCCACUCCCCAUCAAGGUGGUGGCUGCAGACGGGGACGAGCCGCCACUUGCUGUCGCAAAGGGUCUUGUCCUUGACCGCAAGCAAAAGGCACGGCAUGGCAAGCCAGUGCUGGGCGUCAGAAAGGCUCGAGUUUCCUAUGGCGUUGUCACACAAGAGAAAUGGGAUCCACAUCGGCACGAGGAGUGGGAAAAGAUCCAGUCCGGGCUUGACGGUGAGUAUGUGGUAGAGAACCGGAUCAAGUGGGUGAUUAAAAAGGGGCAAGACAUCAAUACACAAGAAGGGGUGCGCUGGCAAGGGUUUAGUAAAGCCUUCAACAACCGUCACCAUCCGGGAGUUUCUAGAAGAGAGCUUGUGAUAUGUCACCGAGACAAAGAUGACUUGCCCAGCAGCAAAACAGAUGUGGACGUCUUCCCCCUCUGCACGGUCGAAUCUGAUCUCUCAACGGUAGACAGACGACACAUUGAAACACACACCAGAUAUGUAAAAAGGCCUGGAAUCUUUGGAAGGCUCACAAAGGAAAAGCAGGAGUAUUACGAGAUCAAGUAUGAUGUCUGCUUUGUGGUAGGAGCUCUGGAUGCCCGGUUUGAGAUGUGGAUUGAUGACAAGCAGUACGCGGACAAGAACUCUUUUACGAUAGAGUGGGAGGAGGAGGGACUCAAGUCGACGCCUGGGUGA